AAUACAAGUUUUUAAGGAGCAAAAGAAACAAAAACAUGGAACAUGAUGAUUUCACAUAUCAUCAAUGAAUUCACCCUUGAUUAGAACACUCUCAAACACAACACAACAACUCCAACAACUACUCUCACAAUGCACUACCUUAACCCACCUUCAACAAACCCACACUUUCAUCCUAAAACACGCUCUCUUCCAAAACGACAUCAACCUCUCCCGUUUCAUUCACAAAACCGCUUCCCUCAAUUACCCAUCCUACUCCUACUCAAUCUUCACCUUCAAUCACAACCGUCCAUUUCCCAUCUUCGUCUACAACAACAUCAUCUACGCACUUUACUCAUCAAACGCUAAACUCGCUGUUUCGAUAUUCCGCUCCGUUCGACGUCUCGGACUCUCGUUUGAUUCUUACUCUUUGCCUUAUGUUUUGAAAUCUGUUGUUUGUUUAAAUGAUUUUGGUUUGGGGAAACAAAUUCAUUGUGUUGGUGUUGUUACUGGUUUGGAUAAGAAUGUUAGUGUUUGUAGUUCGUUGAUUCAAAUGUAUUCUUGUUAUGAUGUUUGUUCUGCAAGGAAGCUGUUUGAUGAGUUUGGAGGAAAUGGUUGUGUUUUGAAUGCUAUGAUUGUUGCUUAUGUUAAAGUUGGUGAUGUUUCUAAUGCAAGGAAGCUGUUUGAUUCUAUGCUUGAAAGAGAUAAGGAUGUUUUUUCGUGGACCGCCAUGAUUUCGGGUUACACGCAGGCUCAUAAUCCGAAUGAGGCAAUUAAGCUCUUCCGUAGAAUGCAGCUUGAGAAUGUGAAGCCAGAUGAAAUUGCCAUUUUGGCUGUGCUAUCUGCGUGUGCUGAUUUGGGUGCUCUACACUUGGGAGAGUGGAUUCACAACUACAUUGAAAAACACAAAUUGAGCAAGAUUGUUCCUCUUUACAACUCACUCAUAGACAUGUAUGCCAAAUCAGGAAACAUAAGGAAAGCACUAGAAUUGUUUGAGAAUAUGAAGCAUAAAACAAUUAUAACAUGGACAACAAUGAUCGCCGGGCUUGCUUUACAUGGUCUAGGAAAGGAAGCCCUUCGUGUAUUUUCCUGCAUGGAGAAAGAGGAUCGAGUCAAGCCAAAUGAAGUCACUUUUAUCGCUAUCCUUUCUGCUUGUAGCCAUGUUGGGUUGGUUGAACUAGGCCGCGAUUAUUUCACAUCUAUGAGGUCUAGAUAUGGAAUUGAACCUAAAAUUGAGCAUUAUGGCUGCAUGAUUGAUUUGCUUGGGCGUGCUGGUCAUCUUCAAGAAGCAAAAGAAAUGGUUUUGCGGAUGCCCUUUGAAGCAAAUGCAGCUAUAUGGGGAUCACUUCUUGCUGCCUCUACUAGGUGCGGUGAUGCUGAGCUAGCCGAGGAAGCUUUGCGUCAUCUCACAGUGUUGGAGCCUGGCCAUUGCGGAAAUUAUUCACUCUUGUCCAAUACCUAUGCUUCACUUGGUAGAUGGAAUGAAUCCCGGAUGGUAAGGAAGGUUAUGCAGGAUGCAGGUGUGGAAAAGGUCCCGGGUGUCAGUUUUAUUGAGGUGAACAACAUAGUAUAUGAAUUCAUUGCUGGAGACAAAUUAAGCAUCUACUUUGUUGACAUAUAUGAUGUCUUGCACAGCUUAGACGGGCAAAUAAAGAUAGAGAUCCACUAGAUAUUUAUGGGAUUUAGUUUACGUUGAGAUAUUGAAAAGUUGCAACUAUUUUGUUUUAUCUUCACUAUUUAUUGUAUUGAUUAAUCUUCCCUAUUAAUUGGGGAUUAACUAGGAGACCCCUGCCUAUAUAAAUGUACAUUCUCCCCCUCAUAAUAUAAAAUAGUAAACAUGUUUUCAGUCUUGAGA